AUGUCUCAUUCGAAAAACUUCGGCACAGAAGCUGCCCGCUACCUCCUCCGCCUCCUCCACCUCGUCCUGCUCGAAGACUCGCCACAGAAGAUCGCCACCGCCUGGGGGGAGAGGCACCGCGUCCUGCAGAAUGGCCACUACCGCACCCUCAACGUCGUCAGAUUCCGCGCGGAGCAGGCGGAAGCGUGGCAGAUGCCCAAAGACAUCGAUGCCGAGGCCGCGCGCGCGAUCCUAGAAAACAACACCUGUGACGACGCGCCCGUGAUCUUGGGCUCAAUUCUGGAGGAUGUCUACGGAGAGGACACCGUCGAAGUCCUGACCCUCUGGGUCUACCCACGCCUGUACGCCCUCCGCGCUGGCGUUCCUCCGAGCCCCAAGCGGCUGCACACUGUGCUCCGAAUUGGCACCAAUAUUCUCGACCUCACGGGGGGACAGUUCGGCUUCAAGUGGUUGUGGGGCUCAGAGCGUGACUACCGCGAACAGUUUGAGGCACCGGGAGGGCUGGAAGUGUGCGUUUCUCUUCCGAAGCUGUGGACCGAUAUGGCGGAAGAUCGUCCAAGGAUGAAUGUUAUGUACGCUUUUUUGAGGUUUACGCUCAAAGUAGGACAAGAUAGAUGGCUGAAGGCGAACGGGGAGACGUUGGAGGGGGUUAUAAUGGGGGAAGAUGAAGACAAGAGAGAAGAUCUGUUGGAGAAACUUCGGGUUUGUGCGGAGGGAGUGUGGGAAGAGAGGGGACUGUGGUGA